AUGGACUUUUACGGUACUGCUUCAACGGCCGUUGGGCAACUCAUCCAGGUGACCAUUUUCAUCAAAGGUGUCAUUACCGACAUCAAAGAGUUUGAAGACAACUUACACGAUAUCCAAUUCAAAAUCAACAUUCAGCUUGCGACACUAGAGUUCUUCCGCCGGCGUUUCGUCGAUAGCAAAGAUGCAUUGAUGCUCCCUGGCCGCAGCUCGGAAUUUCUCGUGCAGACAGUUACCGAUCUUUUGCUGACGAUGACCGGGAAGCUAGCAGUUUAUGAGGCUUUUAUGAGAAAAUACGACAUUAUAGAUGAGAAUGGCGGCGACGAGAAGACCGAAAUUGAGGGUCCACCAGAAGGAGAAACAGACUCAAAAGUGUCGUUCCUAGAGAGAGCUCGGGCAAAGUUCAAGACGCUCAAGCUCAAAGGCUAUGACUGGGCAAUCUUUGACAAGAAGAAACUUCUUUCAGUUCUGCAAGACUACAAAUCAGACACGGAUAGCCUUCGGGGUAUGAUGCAGCACUUUUCACAGGAAGCCAUAUACAGCUUUGUUGAGAGCUCUUCGUUGAAAGGCACUGGUCUGGAAUCGGUGAUCAAACGACAGAAGUUGGCGAAAAUUGAAUUGCCUUCAGAUUUCGCCGAAAUUGAAGGAGAAUUCGCUGAAGAAGGAGUCGCGGCAGAAAGGUUUCAACUGGGUCGCUGGAACCACCAGGGAUCGUCGACACAAGUGAUAGUCGAGCAUCACGAGUACGAAGACCAGCUUCGAUCCGACGACUUGGACGAAGAUGAGGUAGCCAAGCUGAAGCAACCCGUCAAGACACUUGCCUGGCUGCUUCAAAACUCGUCCUUCCGCGAAACAGGAAAGGAGCUGAGCGAAGAGCAGCCGGUAAUUUACUCGCUGCAGUGUCUUGGAUAUAAGGACGAUAUAAAGGCGAAACGGAUGACGUUUCUGUACAAACUACCCUCGCCUCCUGAUGGAACCAGCUGGCGAUAUGAUAGUGGAAACACACUGGCGACUCUACAUACCCUAAUUACCAAAGUCGAUAAGAAGACCAAACGAGUGUUCAAGCCACCUCUUGCAGAUCGAUAUAGUAUUGCCAACUCGUUAGCAUUGACAGUGUUAAACAUUCACGGCUCGGCCUGGAUUCACAAGAACAUCUGGAGCCACGGAAUCUUGCUGUUUCUUCAAGACAAGAACGGCAGCACAUACCCCCUAGGCGCAACUACAGAAACAUCAAGUUCCGCACCCAUUGCAGCAACUACAAAAGACGGGGCAAAGCCCCGACUGCUCGCCUUCCUCGGCGAUUGGGGCUACUCGCGCCGCAUCGACGGCUUCACCGACAUGAACGUCGACUUCGAUAUCGAAGCAAACCUAUACCGCCAUCCGGAACGCCAAGGAAAGCCAAAACGCCAGUUUUCCCGCAUCCACGACAUAUACGCCCUGGGAGUGGUCCUUUUAGAAAUAGGCCUCUGGCGCACCGUCUCCCAGCUCUUCGACAAGCAGAUCAAUGAAAUUCGGCAGACGGCGGAGACGAAGCUGCUCAAGGCAAAGAAUGUCACUGCUACGCUGACGGGGUUGGCGGAGAAGGAACUGCCAAAGGAGAUGGGGGAGAGAUAUGCCUCUGCGGUUUUGGCUUGUUUGACGGGGGAUUUUCAUAAGGAGAGCGAUGUGGAUUUGUCGUUGGACAUGAAGGAGAAGGUAGUUGAUGUUACGGCGUUGGGGGUCAAGUUAUAG